UGCAUCAGAAAAUCAAAUAAUAAUGAAGUUGAUGACGAUCGUGUUGGUGUUACUAACAGUGAUGCUAUUGCUAGCAUGUGUGAGUUCCGAUUUCAGCAAAGACAAAGAUGAAUGCCAAGAACAACUUAUCACAAUGUCCUCUUGCCUCAACUAUGUAACGGGAGAGGUGAAAUCGCCCUCGCCACAAUGUUGCACUAUCUUGUAUACAAAGCUAAAUGCGACUAAAAAGUGUCUUUGUAUUUUGGUUAUGGAUCGGAAUCAACCUAGCCUUGGCCUUAAGCUUAAUGCUACUCUCGCUCUAAGCCUCCCUUCCUUAUGUCUUGCUCCUAACAAUCCAAUGGAUUGUGUAGGUCUCCUUCAUUUGGAUACUAAAUCUCCAGAAGCACAGAUUUUUAUCCAAGCAGCUAAUACUACUCAAGGUGGUGAAGGUGAUGCUUGGAUGAAUCCUAUAACGAAUGGGACAAAGCCGAAGUUUUGGCAUAAAACAAUAAUAUUUGAUGUAUUAUUCAUGUUAUUAAUUUAUUAUUAUCGAUUUUCCUACUGAAUUAGUAGAUAAUUAGUCUUAUAUUUAGUGUUUUUAUUUUCUUUAUUUUG